AUGGGGGCUUGCUCUCGCCCGUUUCAUUCUUCUUCUGCUGCCGCUGCUGCUGCCGCUGCUGAGACUGGCCCGGGCGAGGGGCCGAAGAGGGGCCGGCGACCGCUCUGUAUCAUCAUCGUCAUCAUCAUCAUCAUCGUCGUCAUCGUCAUCAUCGUCUUCUUCUUCUUCUUCGUCGUCGUCGUCGUCGUCGUCGUCGUCGCUGCUGCUGCUGCUGCUGCUGCUGCUUAUGGCUCUGGCUCUGGUUCUGGUUCUGGUUCUGGCUCUGGCUCUGGCUCUGCUAUCAACAGAGUGUAA